AACUUCCCAAUCAGGAGGCUUUAAGGGUGUUUCUGUGUCCCCGAGUUGCUGGGCAGAGCGGACACAUAACGUCUGCACACAGAAAGGCUGCGUUAGGCUUCGGAAAGCGAAACGCUGAGAGAGGUUUUUGUAAAGUGAGCUGUUUGUUGCCUGCACCGUGUAUUUGACGUGAUGGCAGCGGAUUGUGAGACCUGGCUGAACACCAACCCCGUGGAAUCGGACGACCUGAGCGACUCGUAUCAGUCGGGAACCGAGGAGCGCGGCCUCGUCUCUGGAGCCAACGAUGAAAUCAACGGAAACUGGGUUCCUGCACCAAACGGGACGGUGCACGAGGCUCGGCUGAAGGCCAAGGCCAAGCGGCGCCUACGCAAGAACUCGUCCAGAGACUCGGGCCGGGGAGAUUCGCUGAGCGAGAACGGAGACGCCUCUCGCUCCGCCGCACCCCCCGCCAGCCCCAAAGGCAAAGUGCUGGACCGCAGGUCACGCCUGGGCAAAGGGAGGGGCCUGCCAAAGAAAGGUGGUGCUGGUGGUAAAGGUGUUUGGGGAACACCAGGAGAGGUGUACGAUGAGGAGCAGGUCGACGUCCGGGACCCCAAUUACGACGAAGAUCAGGAGAACUGUGUGUACGAGACGGUGGUGCUGCCUCUGGACGACGACAACUUCACUCAAACCGUCACUCCCAUCGUCCAGGAGUACUUUGAGCACGGAGACACCAACGAAGUAGCGGAGUUAUUGGGGGAGUUAAAUCUCGGCUCCUUGUGCUGCGAGGUCCCGUUCCUGGCCGUGUCGCUGGCAUUGGAGGCGAAGGCGAGUCAGAGAGAGCUCACGUCCUUCCUGCUGUCGCGUCUGUGCGGCCGAGUCCUCAGCCGUUCUGACAUCGAAGCCUCCUUCCACAAGCUGCUGAAAGAGCUGCCCGAACUGGUGCUGGACACACCUACAGCACCCCAGCUGGUUGGUCAGUUCAUUGCCAGAGCUGUAGCAGAUCAGAUUCUCUCUAAGAGCUACAUCGACAGCUAUAAAGGGAGAGUGGACUGCGAGCACACCAGGGCCGCGCUGGACCGCGCCGCCGUACUGCUGAAGAUGAACAAGGAGUCAGGACUCAAGAUCGACAACCUCUGGGGCUCGGGGGGAGGACAGAGACCCGUCAAUCAACUCAUCAAAGAGGUGAACCUGCUGCUGAAGGAGUACGUGCUGUCGGGAGACACGGCCGAGGCUGAGCGCUGUUUGAGGGAGCUCGAGGUGCCGCACUUCCAUCACGAGUUUGUCUAUGAGGCAAUAGUGAUGGUUUUGGAAUCCAAAGGAGACGCGACCCUCCAAGCGAUCCUGAAGCUGUUCAAAUCUCUCUUCGACUCCACUGUCAUCACUCUGGACCAAAUGAGAAGGGGUUAUGAGAGGGUCUAUAUGGAUAUAGCCGACAUAAACAUCGACGUACCGUGCGCUUACGCCGUACUGGAGCACUUUGUGGACAAGAGCUUUAGUGUCGGAGUCAUCGACAAGAAACUCCGUGACCUGUGUCCAUGUCGAGGAAGGAAGAGGUUCGUCAGCGAAGGAGACGGCGGACUUCUCAAACCCGACACCUACUGAGUCUGCUGCGUCCGCCGCGUCGGAGGAAAACUAGCGCCGCAGGGAGAGAAAAGAACAGAGAAGCGUUGCCCAAGAACCAUUUGCCCCAGAAAUUUUAAAACCGCACACACGUGCGUAUAAUACAGGUUUAGGUUUAUAUCUCCUCCUGACAAGAGCUUAGAGCUUACGCAAUGGAACACGGCUAUGGAAGAACGCAUUUCUCUCCAUUUCUCUGUCUCUCUCUCUCACACACACACACACACACAUACGCUAAAACCCUGAACAAGUGCCACACUUUUAAACGAGUCAUUCCAGGUUUUGUAUUUUUGGGUUCACUGCCACUCAGCAAAUUUCCCUGAAGAUCCAGUUAGCAGGAGAAUUUUGAGCCAGUUGUCUUCAUUUAUCCAAUCUGUGUAAUCUGUUUGUUUUGGAAGUUCAGAUUGUCUUUACUUAGCAGUGGCAAUGGAGUUGAUUGGUUUGUGUUCAAGAGGCCUUUAUGGUGUUUUUUAACACAAACACCCCCCCCUUUUCUCUUUCUUUCUUUUUCUUUUCCUUCCCAAUCUGCCUCAACUAUUUCUUGCGUGUCUUUGUUUCCCUGCUCGGUCAAACAAAGACUCAGAUACUGGACGCACCUGAUGCCAAGCUGGCAAUUCAGAGAAAUGUGAACAAAUUCGGGAUUAUUUCACACAAACGGUGUCAAAGCGUUAUUUUUCUAUGUUCCGAACACCGACGUGGGCGUAUUUACCAAAUGUCCUCGCUCUUUGUUGAAAAUGGUUACCAAAUAAACUUAAGCUUAAAGUAACAA